GAAUUUCCAUGCAGUGUUGUAGGACCUUUAGUGUUUACAUUUUCGUGAUUAUUUUAUUUAUACGCGAUGUGUUGUUUUAAGUAGUUUUGGAAUAAGGGGAAACAUAAUUUUAUGAACAUGGCUAGCAACAUAGCACUAGAUAACGUCCAAAAAUCCCAUUGCCGUUUUUGUGCCGAAAACAAAGCCGAAAACGAGCUGUACGUUUUGACAAGGAACGAAGAAUUAAAUGAUCGAAUCAUGAAGAUCAUUGAAUCCCUAAAAAUUGAUUUUGUUGAUUUAACUAAUAAUAAACUGCCAAGAUGCGUUUGCAGAGGGUGUUACGCCUUUUUAGAAACGGCAGAUGAUUUUUUUACGAAAGCGAGAAAUUCUCAACCCCUUUUGAGUGCAAUGUACGAGAAGGAAAAUAUUCCCGAAAUGACCGUUGAAGUCAAAACCGAAUCGUUCGACAUUGAAACCGAAGAUCUAUGCGAAGACGCCGAUGUCGAGAGGAGGAACAACAAUGAAGUUAUCGAUGAUCUCAAUGUUAAUGAAUUACAGAUUACACCACAGCCGCUGGUUGACGUCUUUGUGUAUUCGUGGAAAUCGUACAAGUGGAAAUGCUUACAUUGUUCUGUUGCUUUUGACUCGAUGAACGACUUGAGGAACCACAGUAAAUUUGACCAUAAGAAAUGCUUUGGUUUUAAAUGCGCAGACUGCGAUGAGAGAUUUAACACGUUCAGUACGUUUAUCGAGCAUGUUAGAGGGCAUCGGGAAGACCUUAGGUAUAUUUUUAUUUAUUACAAGCGGCCCGCUCCGGCUCCGCUCGGGUCUUUAACAAAAACUUCAACGAUAUUUGACGGUGUUUUAUUUUUUAAAAUAAAAGAACACUCAUUGCGCAAUAACUAUAAUAGUUAGCCAUAUGCUGUCGCGACACUUUUUGUAAAUAAUAAUGUGUUCUACAGUCGUAGUGCAUUAUUUUAUUCUAUCAUCAAUAGUUUUUUCGCAGGGCAAGCGAUGUAAAGAAUAUUUUAGAAAUUACUGUCCGUAUUGCAACAAGAGGUUCGACGACGCCGGCCAAUGUAUCGCGCAUUUAACCGAGCACGGGAUCAGCGAGGCCACAACCUGCCCCUACUGCGGCGAGAUAUUCCCUGCGACAGACCUCCUAGACACCCACAAGUCCAUAUACAAGAUGGUUGAGAUCCCUGAAGCCGUGACCGCAGCGCCGACCAAGGAGCGCCCUCCAAAAGUUGAGUACAAAAUUCGCAAGGGCUGGAUGAGGUAUAAGUGGACUUGCCAGGAUUGCUUCAAGGGCUUUGAAGGUGUCGUGCCUCUGAGGGCUCACGUGCAGAAAGAGCACAAGAAAUGCUUCGCCAUAAAGUGUAUGGACUGCAACAGAAACAUGAGGAACUAUGCCAAGUUCGUAGAGCACGUCCACCAGCACCAGCCGUCUCUGAAAGAGUUCUGUCAGUUCUGCAACAAAAGAAUUCCCAGCGAGAAGAAGUUGAAGGCCCACAUCGAGGAGCACACGUCGGGUCCGCAGGCGCCGUGCUACGGCUGCGGACAGAUCUUCGAAGACAACAAGAUCUUGAAGAAGCACAUGCUUGAAUAUGACGCCCCCGCGCCGCCCAAAGCGCUGCAAGGGCGGGACAGGUCCUGCGACCAGUGCGGCAAGGUGCUGGCCACGCCGGCCCGCCUCAGGACCCACAAGCUCACCCACGACCCUGACAGGCCGCGCAGCUUCAUCUGCGACGUCUGCAACAAGGGCUUCCAGAGCAAAGAGAAUUUGCGAUGCCACAAGAGACUACACGGGACUAAGCGGCACGUUUGCCGGAUCUGCCAGCGGGCCUUCUCCCUGCAGCUGGCGCUGCUGGAGCACCUGUCCAAGCACAGCUCGUUCAAGCAGUUCGAGUGCGACCACUGCGGCAAGAGGUUCUGGUCGAAGAACCGGCUGAGGCCGCACCUCAAGUGCCACGAGGAGGUCAAGCAGUUCGUCUGCAAGACCUGCGGGAAGGGGUUCAGGUUCAACAACCUGCUGGUCGCGCACGAGCGCCAGCACACGGGCACGAGGCCGCAUGUGUGCGCGCUGUGCCGCCGCGCCUUCACCAUCAGGCCGCUGCUGAACAAGCACAUGGUGGCGGUGCACGGCACCACGCUGGUGCAGCACGAGGCAGCCACUAGGACCAGCAGGGACCAGGGGCGCUCCAAAUAAAGGGGUUCAUGUUCGCGAGCUUGUCUUUGUUACUUCCUACUCCCAAAUGAAUGAAUGAAUGACAGAAAUGAAUGAAUAAAUGAAUGAAUGAAUGAAUUAUUUUAUUUCAGACAACAACAAGUCCAUAUGUGUACAUAGUAUCAUUGAAACAUACUUUAAAUUAACAAAACCAAUCAAAAAAGAUACAUUUACUAAAAAUAAUUAUUAGUUGAAUACAUUUCAAAUAUUCCAUUCAACUGAUACUUACUUCGAACCAACCAUUAUUAUCUAUAUAUUAAUACGUGAAUCAAAAACUUUGUAUCCCUUUUUACGAAAAUUGCGCGGACGGAGGAGUAUGAAAUUUUCCACACUUAUAGAGAAUAUAGAGAAGAAGUGCACAAUGCUAAUAUUUUUUUAAAAUAAUGCAUAAAAGAUACAUUAAAUCAAUAAAGAAAACAUUACACAUACUACAUACCAUGUAUUUGACGCACACACGCAUACAUACUAUUUAUUUAUUGUCAAACUUUUGUUCUUGACGUCUGUUGUCAAAUUGAGAAUAGAUUAAAUAUUGUUUGUCUUUGUUAAUAUUUUUUUAUAGUGUAGUCUUGGCGAAAUUUGUGAUUAUAGAAGUAUAAAAUACAAUCAUAAUAGUGUACAAACUUAGAAUUCCAAUUAAUUAUAGUCGAAUUUCGACUACUGCGGGAUCUCUAGUUAUUAUUUAGUCCGCAAGUGAACCAUGAUGCAAUGGUUCAAGUACCGACAAUCAUGUCAUAAAGUAAUGUAAUUACACAUAAAUAAAUAUAAGUUAACGUA